GUGUAUUCGUAUUGUAGUAAUGGCAAUCCAGGGUAAAAUGGCCUAAGGUAGCCUUUUAUGUUAAUAGAUUAGAACAAUAAUAAUUUUGAAUGCUUGGGUAAAGUGUUUUCAGUAUUCAAAGUGAAUUAACACAAAUUCUUAAGUGAUGGGUACGGAAACAGAUAUGAAUAGCAUUGAACGUGAAUUUCAAGAACUUGACAAAAACGGGGCUUGGGCAGUUGCUUAUCAGGAAAUUCGGAGUGAAAGCCUAAAAUUUGAUUUUACUUUAGUGGAAGCUAAAAAAUCAAAAAACAAAAACUUGAAUCGUUAUAGAGAUGUCAGCCCUUAUGAUCACACAAGAAUCAUUCUGUCGAAAGGAUCUAGUGAUUAUAUCAAUGCUAGCUUGGUGAAGAUAGAACAAGCUCGUAGACAAUAUAUCCUGACUCAGGGUCCUCUGCCUAAUACAACCGCACAUUUCUGGUUGAUGGUGUGGGAACAGAAUUGCAAAGCGGUUUUAAUGCUGAACAAAAUUGUUGAAAAAAACCAGGUAAAAUGUCACCAGUAUUGGCCAGUUGGGAGUAAAAACGGAGGUGAGGACAUCAUGGAGUUUACUGAUGUUAAUUUGAAAGUCGAGCUUGCUUCCGAAACAGAAGGUCCAUACUUUACCACCAGAAUUUUAAGACUAACAGAUGUGGAGAGUGGGAGCAGCCGGGACAUUCUUCACUUCCACUACACAACCUGGCCUGACUUUGGGGUUCCUCAGAGCCCUACGGUUUUCCUACGGUUCCUCAACAAGGUGCGACAGAGUGGAGCACUGGCGGAAGAGGUGGGGCCAGCAGUCGUCCACUGCUCUGCAGGGAUCGGGCGGUCGGGCACUUUCUGUCUGGUAGACACUUGUCUCAUACUGAUCAAGAACAAUGGCUGUGAUGCUGUGAAAGUGCGAGAUGUGUUGCUGGACAUGAGGAGGCAGCGGAUGGGCUUAAUUCAGACUACAGAUCAGCUGCGGUUCUCCUACUUAGCUAUCAUAGAGGGUAUGAAGACCGACUGGGAUAGGAUAAACGAUAAUGACCCGGUUAUAGAAGAAGAAGAGGUAAAUGCCAAUCACAUUCAAAACAAUGAAGAAGAAGACCCACCUCCUUUACCUCCACCUCGAGGAGAGUCACUGAAGACAAACAAUGUUGGAACACCGGAUAUAACUUCACUGCCACCACUGCCGAGUGAGCCUCCCUCUGAGAGCAGUUCCGAAGAGUCCAGCGCUCCACCAAGCCCUGGCAAUGGUAUAACCAAAAGUCCGGACGGGGUGCGACAGAGGAAGCAUGAGGAACGGAACGCGGCUGUUGCCGAGAAGUUGCAAGAAAUGAAGAGGAAACAACAACAAUCCGAGAGUUGGAAUAACUUUAAGAGGUCUCUACUAAAGCCGAUUAACAUUAGCAUAGGCUUAGUUGUGAUCGGUGGCGGCAUCUUUCUAAUCACAUACUUUGUAAACCGGGUAUGAACAAGUCCCCACCAACCUCGAGCAUUGUCUGUGAUAUUAUGCUCACACUGUUAAAAUAGCAUUAUUUUUAUAUAUUUUCAAAUAUCAUGUCUGUAAAUUAUUUACAAACCUGCAACGACGUUAAUGACUAUGGAAAUUUAUGUUGUUUUUAUUGAUAGUUUCACUUUUCUUCCGAGUUCUGUCAUUUGAGUUUAGUUUUGUUUAAGCUCGAAUGUACGAUUAGAAUACACGUUGUGUAUAAAUUUUGAGUACAAACUCACAUAUUUUCUUUAAGAUUACUAUUGUUUUCUUAUCUAGGCAACUUGUUAAUCCUUUUCAGAUGUGUACUGUAUAUCUAUCUACUUAUCUAUAUUAGUUGUCUUACAAGUUAUUUGUGUAUCAGUGACACAUUCACAAUUAUUGUAAUACAGUACUAUUAGGUAUACUAUCACUCAUUGCCUAAUCACUCGAGAAAACAAUAACCUUACUUAUAUCAUUUAAGUUGUAAAUAAAUUGUGUCUGCCUGCCAGUAAUUGUAAUAAAAUAUAUUGAAAUAUUAUUAAUUGUUAUGUUAUGGAACAAUCUAAGUUGUUUUAGAGCAAUUGAUUUAAGAAAAUGUCAUCAGUUAUGUUCGUAUUGUUUUAUUUAACUUUGCCAGUUUGCCAAUCCCACAAAAUACUUUCAUUUUCCAGUAAAAUAUUAGCUUUGUAAACUAAAAUACAAGUUUGCAAACUGUGCAUUUAUACUAUUCUUUAAUUGUUUAAUUUGUAAUUUACUUUUUAGUCUAAACAUUUACCCAACCUUUUACUAGUCAUAUCAAUUAUAGUAGGUCAUUCAUUAUUUUAACACAUAAAUAUCGAAAGAAAGGAAAAAAAUACAUAAAAGCAUACAGGUGCUAAAAUACUGCCUCAUUGUGAAAGUUUAUAAAAUAUUUUUCACUUUAUUGUGUAAUCAAUACAUUUGAGGCAACAUAUUGCUUUUCAUUUAUGGAUAUUUUAUAAAGCAAAGUCGCCAAGGUAAUAUAAAAUAUAGUAUGAUGUAAAAAGACCGUAAUUUUAAACCACAAUAUAAUAUAGAGAAUGUUUAAAAACUGUUUGGUAAGAAAGCAGUUAAAGUUUGCUCUGCAAAAACGAAAAUGUACUUAAUUUUUCCACUUGAAAAAUUCAAAAGCAUCAAGAAGUAUUGCGGUAAAUUGUUAUAUAUGUUUGUGCUUGUUAAAAUAAACAGAUUGAUAUAAUUUGGAAAAUAAAUGUUAAAAUCUUUAAAUUGUUUGUAUUCUAAACAAACUCUUAAAAAUGAGUAUGUUAUUAACAAUUUCAAGGUUAUCACGCUAAAAAGAAAUGAAUGAAGUCCUAGUGUACAGAAAUUAGACACAUAAGCAUGUACAUGUGUAUUGGAGACACUUCACCAACUCUAUCUAGAGUCACUGUCUAUCUAGAGUUAUUAUUAUGCUAUUACUCAGUCAGUAUUCCAAAUAUAUAUUAUUUGUCACUUGUACAUAAUGAACUCACUUGUGUAAAACUAAAAAUAUCAUAAGAAACCAGGAAAAAUAAGCAGCAAGUCCUCUUAACUCUGUAACUUUAGAGGCUAGUCUAGCCUUUAAAUUCUUGGACAAAGAAAAAGCAGCUUCAAAUACUAUAAACCAGAAAAGGUAACUUAACUAAACUGUGCAGUAUAGCUCAGUAUCUUGGCAAAUAAACAAAUACAUCAAAGGGAGUGUUCUUCUACACAAUUAUAAUUAAAUGAAGGAACAUCUGAGAAUAACUAAAUGUGCAAUAAUACCCUGUUCAACAUUCCAAAGGCUGUCAACGAGCUUAGAGCCGGUUAGUAAAAUGACUUUUUCUACAUAAGAACAAAAUUAAACCUCAUGUACUUUUACCCUAGUGUUUAAACAAUGUAAUAUAAGAAAGUAUGAGAUAUUUUUCUUUAAUAAUCUAUGGAAAAAACUAAAAACAGUUUAGUUGUGUAUUAAUAACAUCUUAAAAUCACCCAUAAUUCUACUACUAAAUAUAAGGUUGAAAAAUUAAAUGCGUUUUAACAUUGUUGUUAUAUGUCUACAAUCAAGAUGGCCUUCAGUGCAGUUGGCAUUUAACAUAACACAAUAUAACUAGAAUAUUUUUGACCAAGAUUGUUUAUCAGCCUUGUAAAAACUUCAUCAUUGAUUAUUCUUUGUUUAAAAUUUGUUAAUUGAUGAUGGAAGGUUUGAAAGGAUAACAAAAUUUCAGACAUUUGCCAUCGUUAUAUGAUACACAAACUAUAACACAAUAUAUGUGUUAUACCUUUAGUAACACAUAACGAUGGUAAAUGUCCGAAAUCCUGUUAUCCUUCCAUUAUUAAUUGAUCACAGACAUUCAUUCCAUUCCUCUCAUAAACUUUGCUAUGAAUUUGUUCCAUUACAGAUACCCAUAAAUUGGCUUAUUUGGGUGUGCAAGUUUCAAACUCCAAUGUAUAAAAUAUUGAAUACAAAAAAAUUACCUGGUGCAGAAGAUUCCUGUUCUUGUUACAGUGCUGUAAUUUUCUUCCAACAUUGAGGUUUAAAACUAAUUCUUGGGGUUAGAGUUACUAAAGGUUUAAAGCUAUUUUGUGCAAACAGCUGAAGCCUAAGUCGGUUUCACUGUUUUUGAACUGUAGUUUCUCAAUUUAGGUUCUUGAUCCCAGUUUUAAGUAAGACGUAUGAGCAAAUUUCUUAUUUAAGUUUUAAAGUGAAAUACUUAUUUGCUUUAUUACUUCAGUUUUUAUAAUUUGCAAAAAACCUGUAUUGGCCUAAUAGUAAUUAUACAUAUAUAUAUACCUCUGUAUUGAUGAAAUGAAGAAGUAGUAUAUUUUUAGAGAUCCAUAAAAUGAAAUAGUUUUAUUUUUAAUCUUUGGGUUAAACUAUGGGCUUUUACAGUUAUUGGUAGCUCUUGUCAAUUUAUGGAGCUUAUUAACUUAAGAACAAUUUCCAUUUCUGUAGAUAACAUUUCUAAGAUGUAAGAUGUUUCUGAUGCGGUUAUAAACACUAAAACUGUUCAACAUUAAAAUUAAAGAUGUACUUUUUUAAUGUUGUUAAUUGUGGAAUAUGCCAUAUUUGGGAUUGGUACUUAAAAGGAUUAACUUCCUAUUUCCUGCUUAGUUUGAAAUUUAUUCUGUACCUUCUUCUUUAUUUGUGCCUCGCAAAUUUUUAUCUUUGUUUGUGCCAUGUAUAUUAAAUUAAACAAACCAUUUCUGUUCCAUUAUUUGCGUAUUCAUCGGACUUAAUAUUGUACUAUUUCAAGUGCCAUCUUUGUGCUGUGUUGUUUAGUGCAACUUUCAUUGUGAAGCAAUUAUUUAUUCUCUAUUACAUUAUUCCUCAUACCAGACCUACUUUGUAUUCAAAUAUUGAUGUUUUACCUAGUGAAAAUCACCAAAUUCAACUUGAUUCCAAAAUUUGUGUUAUCUUGUGUUGUCAGUUAUCUUUUAUAUAAGAAUAAUUAAAGUUGGUUCAAAAAGAUCUUGGGUAUUUUGAAAAAUGUUGUGAACUCUGUUAGAAUUUGAACUAAACCGGGGAAAUAUUUAAUGUGAUACUUGUAUAAUAACCAUAACAAGCAUAGUAAUGACUAAUCCUAUAUUAUAAUUUAAGCUCAUUUGAAAAUCGAUCUCAAAAUCCAAUGGAAGGAUCAAUUUAACCAGCAGAACUCAUUAUUGUUUUAAUAUUUGGCCUAUGACCAAAUAUAUUCACAGAACGAACAAUUAGAAAACAAACCAGAUGAUGUCUAAUCGUACACUGUUUAAAUCUUUCAGUGAGUUACCAACCUGUGUGAUGGAAUUUUUGGGGUUUAGUCGAUUUAAUGAAAGAUUACAAAUAUUAGUUUAAUCUGUGUUAAUUUACUAUGGAAGAAAAACAAAAGUACAUCUUGGUUGCCAGGUAUAUUAUGCUUUAACCUUUAGAAUAAGGAUUAUUAGUAUUCUCUAAUUAAGUUGUGUAAUCCUUUCUCUCAGAAUAACCCUUAUUUUCAAAGCAUACUUCAGUCAACCUGUACUCUAAUUUAAAAUAAUUUUAAAAAUUAAUUUUGAAAUCCAUUGGAUGACAUAAAAUUUUUAGAAUUAAGAUAUUUUUUAGAGCGUGAAUCAUUCAGAUUGGUAAUUUCUCUUAAACCCAAAAAAAUCCAGCAACUUGUGUUUUAAUCAUCUGUCACGAUCAAGUUACAGUACAUGCAUGGUUGAUCUCUUAUACAAUGUAGAUACAAUAAACACUUGGUAUAAAUAUUGCUCUAUGUAAGUUGAACAAAAUCCUAAAAUUGGAUAAUUUUGUUUGGCACAAUAAUUUUAUCACAACACCAUGACCCAUUACACUUUAAAAUUUAUUUUAUAAUUACUUUGGAGAUAUUAUUAUACAAUUCCUUUCUGAUUGUUAUAGAUCAUGUCUGUUAAACAGCUGAAUAUUAUUUUUUAAAUUAUGUAAAUUUUCAAAUAGUUUGUGAUGUUAAGGUUUCAAACUGAUUUUCAAAUAAAUAACUUUCAAAUCUAAAGAUAAAAUUAGAUAUUUUUUAAUUAGCUCAUAAAAAUUAAUGAAGAACAAAUUCUUUCAAAAGACACAAUAGCUGUUUUUAUUAUUAGUUACAAAAAACAUCCUUCAUUUUCAGAUUUUACUAUGGAUUUUCACUAAAUUAAAUAACAACCACUAGUUUGUGAAAAAUCCUAUUUUUAUCCAUAUAGUAUUAAAUAUAUAUAUAUAUAUAAUAAUUUAAAUAUAUAUAUUUAUUUAUUUAUUUGAAAUUAUAUUGUAAAUAAUUUAAAGUAAUGUUUGUUUAAUAAAACAUUUGAGUGUGUACUGUAGCUUUAUCUUUGACCAAUCAAACACUGCAAUCAGAUGUACCAAUUGUGUAGGAGGAUAUACAAUAAAUCAUUUCUGUUUGAACUAGUAAUAACAGACCAAUUUCAACUAUGUUUUAUUCGUUAUGACUUUGAUUUAAUGUGACAUUGCAGCAACUAAUUACAAUGUAAAAUGUAAUAGGUUAUGUGUGUCAUUUACCUCAUUUAAUAAUUGUGGACUAUUUGUUUUACACAAUUUUAAAAUAUACAGUGUAAAAUAUGUGAAGACGUAUGUCAAAUUCAAAUUUUUCAUUGUGGAAACCGGUACCAUUAUUUUCAUUCCUGUUAAUAUUCACAAAUAUUUCACUUGCCAUUAAAAAACUUUUUAAAUUUUUAAAAUCUUAAUUACCUAAUUAUUUGAAAGUCCUCUUUUACCAGUUCUGUUGAGAUUUGUAUCAGUUUAAUUAAAAUUAAGUCAUAAAAUAUGUUACUGUGGUAUAAAAAUGAAAAACGAACAAAGUCAUUAGGGGCCACUAAAUAACUUUGAUAUAAUUUCAAUAUUUGUAGAUUCGAAGUAUAUUUUAAUAAAUAUUUAUAAAAGAACAUUUUCUAAUAUGUAAUGGAAUGGGCAGCUGCGUUAGUUAGUAAAAAAAUCACAUCAGCAAGAUGGAUAGUUUUAAUAUUUAUAAAACAACACACUUUCGCACCAUAAAUGUAAUGAUUUUCUUAAAAUGCAUUUAGUCUUUGUGAAUAGAAAUAUUUAUUAUGCAAGAAAAUAGAGUUAUUGUUUGCAAAGAAUCACAAAAGACUUAUGAUCUCACAAAAUGUUGUUUAUUCUAACAAGAAACACUAUGCAAUUCAAAACGGGUGUAGGAAGUUGAGUGUAUGUGUCAACUUGGGUUAUUGUAUUUUCUAUUAGGAUAAUAUUUUCACUUGUUAUGACUUAUAUAACCAAACAGCAAUAAUUUAUCAUGCAAGACAUAAAGAUACCUGAAUGUUUUUACAUAAAUAUUAGUGAUUUUGUGGAACAAGUAUGUCAUUUGUUUGGGUGAGCACUUGUCGUUUACUGGUAUACUUUUAAUUGACUUGUUUGAAUGAUAUGAUGUGAAGAAUGUUGGUGUGAAUUUUGGUGAAUUCUUGUGCAAAUGAUAAUUGCAACUGAAUAUUCUUAAUAUGAAAUGACCAUAAAAUACUGUGUCUAUUUGUGUAUUACAAGUGGAAAGUGAUCUUUUGUUGCAGGAGAUUUAAUUACUUAAUAAAUCACUCUUCACUUGAAUCGCACCAAACAGAUUUUCCUACUACUACAAAAAAUAAUGUUUUGUAGACAUUUCACACAUUUAAUAUCUGGAUUUAUCUUCUCUAAGCAAUGGUAGGAAAUCGCGAAAUUAUAAAUUCCCCUUUAACAAACUCAGAUGGCUACAUAAAAAAAUUUAAAAGCUAAAAAAAUCGUGUAGAUUGGUAUUAACACAUCUUGAUUUUUAUUUGCUUAUAUGGGCAAUGUUUUUAGUAGAAAUAUAUACUUAAAAAUUGAAAUAACAAUAAAAUAAAGACAUGAAAACUGUGUUUAAUGAAGUGUUACAUAAUUAAUUCUAUAGCCUCAAUUGUUGAUAAGAUUGGUAAAUUUAUGACAGUUUUAUAUAAAUAGCAAUGUUUUUUUUUUAGUAUCAUGUACGCAUUUUAUUCCGAAUCAGUUAGUUCUCAGACAAGUGUGUUGGGUUUUAAGAAUAUAACAAAAGUCUGCAUUUAUCAAGGCAUUUAUCAUUAAAUGCUUAUAUUUUAAGCAAAUAAGUAUUUUUAAAUAUGGAUUUCAUUAAAAAAUCACUAUAGUAUAUAAAUUUUUUUAACAUGUAAUUGUUACACUUAAAAUAUUUUUUAUAAAUUCAGUGUCCCUACCAAUACCUGGUAAUUUUGGUUCCUAUACUUUCAACGAAUGAAGUAGUAAAGUGUUUGGUGCAACCUGUAUAUUUCUUACGUUAGUGUUAUAUGCUAGUGUAAGUUAGUGCUGGUCGGUCGGAGUUAUGCUUGAGUGCAAGUAAUUGUAAUUUCUUCACAACUCUGUCCACAUAAACAUUUUAUAUCCUUAAAAAUAAAUGGAACAUUUGAUGUACAA